UAUGCUCUAAUUUUCUCGUCUCAAACCACAUCCAUGGAUUCCGUCGCUUUCUCAAGGUUCCUGCCAUUUCGUGGUUUUGCCACUCAAAGACAGUCGUGUUACUCCAAAGGUGUGAUCACACAAUUUCAAGUACCAAAGGACCAGAUGUAUCAUGCUAAUUGCAAAUCCUGUCUUGAUAAGCCCAUCAUGGCCCAUCAUCCGAGAUUUUGCCAUUCAGCAAUAGAUCUACAAGAUUCAAUGAAGUCCAGAUUUCAACAAAGACAAUUCAGAAAAUCCUACAUUCAUGCAACAUUAAAUCAAGCAAGUGAAAAUGAACCUGAGGUUGUUCAUUCGAAAGGAUUUUGGAGAAGUGUUUGGAACAAGUUAAUUAUCUUGUACCGUUUCUGUCGUGUCUAUCCUUUCAUUGGUACUAUCAUAGGAGUAAUAUCAGCUUCUCUGCUUCCAAUUGAAAGUGUGGCUGAUAUUUCUCCAAAAUUUCUUGUGGGUCUAUUGCAGGGCUUAAUACCAUCAACUUUAAUGGACUUUUAUGUAUCAACUGUAAAUGAUGUCUAUGACGUUGAAAUAGACAAGAUUAACAAGCCUUAUCUUCCACUUGCUUCUGGAGAAUUGUCAAUGGCUGCUGGAAUAGCAUUCACUGUCAUUUGCGCUUCUCUGGGUUUUGCAACGGCCUUCAUGUUUCAGUCACCGCCGCUUCUCUGGGCCAUGCUUUUUAUGUUCCUAGUCGGAAGUGCAUAUUCAGUUGAUCUUCCAUAUCUACGGUGGAAACAAUCUGCGUUUCUAGCUGCAUUCUCCAUCUUGUCUAUGCGGGCCUUCAUUAUGCCGAUAGCGAUAUACAUGCACAUGCAGAUGCAGAUAUUCGGAAGGCCAUUCGUCAUUUCAAGGUCACUGGUAGUUACAGUGGUUUCUGUGUGCUUCCUCAUGACAGCUAUAUCAUUAUUCAAGGACGUUCCUGAUGUCGAAGGAGAUAAAAGCUUUGGUGUCAAAUCGUUAAGCGUCCGCAUAGGCAAAGAACGGGUAUUUCAGUUAUGCAUUAGUAUCUUGUUAACAGGAUAUUGUGCAGCCAUGGUGGUAGGAGCUUCUUCUUCAUAUAUAUACAAUAAGCUUGUUACGGUAUUAGGACAUGGAAUCCUUGCUUGGAUUGUAUGGUGGCGUUCUCAAUCCCUUGAUUUGGAGAGCAAGGCUGAAGUACAUUCCUUUUACAUGUUCAUUUGGAAGCUCUACUACACCGAAUAUCUUUUGGUCCUCUUUAUGCGAUGAGAUCAAAGAUCUAGUUGGUAUGUGGACCACCCAUAAACGUGCAGACAGAAGUGCCCAUGAGAAAAACAGCACACUAGUACAAAAUACAUAUAUAAGCCAAUAAUUUGUGUGCCUUUGUGACUUUAGAAAACAGUAUUAUCCAAAUAAUUUGGCUCUGCUGUCAAUAAUGAUGGUCAUCAUGACCUUUACAUGAUCAAAGGGUUGAAAAGAACAAUCCUAGAAUUUUUGUGGACAUCCUUUUACAUGGUGAUCCCUAUCACAUAAACAGUUUGAAUCAUUGAAAAGAAUUCAAAUUUAAUGAAUAAAUUUCUAAGGUAUUGUGCAAUUCGUGUAAAUAUAUGUUAAUAAACCUUGAAUUUAUUU